AUGGAGGAGCAGAGACGAAGCCAAAACAUAUACAAAAUCUGUCGGAGCAUAAAGCGCAGAGACAGCAGCCUGUACAACGCCCUGCGCUCCAUCUACGAGGACUCCAUCUUCGUUGGAGAAAUCGCGCAGCUAUGGCCGGAACUCCCGCUUCUCGCCAAUCUCCGGUGCGGCCUCUGGUACUCCCCCAAUUUCCACUCCAACUGUUACUUUAAAUCCACCGACGGCCACACCAACAACCUCUCUUUCAGCACCGCCCGCCUCAACCUCCAUGUCGCCCUCCUCGCUGCACAGAAGGGAGGAUGUAUCAUUGUUGAUUCAACACGGAAAGGGAAGAGGUUUCCUGAUAGCAUGUCAAAGACUAUUCCAAUUUGGACUUGUGUCUUAAAUCGUGCAAUUCUCAAUUAUAAGAAAAGACAGGAUAGAUGUGAUUGUCUGCAGAAUCAAUCAGGCAUCUUAAAUGAGCCAGUGAAUCCUGACCAAGGCAUUUCUGACUGGGAUUGUUCCUUGCAUCUUCCCCUUUGGGUUUCUCAAACCGAGAAAGAAAUGAUUGAAAAGCGUUUGGAAGGUUGGGACAUGGAAUUAGAGGCUAGUGGAGCUGAUAUUGCUUCUAUUGCAUUAGCUCUGAGGAAACCCCUAAGGCCCUUAUGGAUUUCACAAAAAACUGUUAUCUGGUUAAAUGAAGUACCUGAAUAUGAUUCUUGGGAUUUUACACCUAUCAUACUUGUUUCAACAUCAUCUUUAAGUGGCUCUCAGAAGCGAACUACAUCUGAAUUUAGUUGGAAUUAUAUUGCUGGAGCUGGAGAUGAUGAAGAGAGUUGGGCUAGAGGCUUAUCGCCAGAUCUUUUCUGGAAACAUGUGAAUGAUAUAAUAUGCUCAGGUCCUGACACAUGUAAUCAAAAGAUUGCAAAUAUUGUUGAAAAAGACCGUGUGUGUCGUGCACACAGGGGAGAACGUGCACCGCAAUUGUCUGUCAGAGCUUCUAAGUGCCCUGGGAGUGCAAAUGAGUUUCUGAUAGGAGAGUCAUUACAGUUGGAUAGCAGAACGGUUCCCGAGGGUGAUAAAUCAAGUUACCAUCACCACAUAUCGUUUUUGGGCUCAACCAACAUUGCAGUUUGCAAAUCUCAACCUGCCAUGGAAGCCCCUCCUACCUGCUGCAUAUUGAACUGUGAUAGGGAAUCAUUUUCUGUGUCUCUCCACAAUCCUGGGAUGUAUUUGCACUUGCCAAUUCUGGACUCUAAACUUGACCGUUUUAGUUUGUUAAGGAAUCUUCCGUCUGCUCUGAACUUUGCCCAGUCUCAGUUAAGACAGGGGAAUACACUCCUCAUCUGCUGUUGCAACGGAGAAGAUAUUAGUGUAUGCGUUUGUCUGGCUGUUUUUACAUCAUUUUUUGAUGAAGCAGGAAACUUUGAUGAUGGGAGGUCGUUCGCUAAGAGAGAACUCACGAAGCUGGAGUUGCGGAGACGGUUAGUUUUUCUAUGCAAGUACAUUAUAAAUGCGCGGCCAUCAAGGGGAAACUUGAAACAAGUGUUUGCGUGCCUCGGUGGAGAAUAUAUCCCCUCUGUUUCAUAAGACAUUGUUCCAUUAUGCAACACAAGUAUGUCGGUAUCGGAUAUACUCUAAGAUCCUCGCUAGCUGUUGAAGGUUAAGCUACACACCAGUAAUAGACAGACCCAGUCCGUGUAUGAGACGCAAGUCUGCCUAAUUUCUGGCAUGUGGUACAUAUCCGAGUGUAGUUUUAAGCUUUUGGGAGCUGAUAUAUUGGGGCAUGGUUCCCCUUGAUAAUACUUAGAUUAGUUUGCAAUGAUAAUUGUAUUCUUCCUAUAGACAUGGAUUUUAGAUCAGUUGAGUGCUGAAAGAUAUGUAAGAUUCUUGAUUAUUCAGAAAUCAAAAGGAAAAAAAGGGACAUGUUGAAGAGGAAUCUUCAACUUUUUAGUAAAAA